UGUUGCCUUCUCUUCUCCCAGCCAUGAACAGGCACAUAUGGUUCUCUUCUCCACACAUCUCCAAGUCAUUCCGUUGGGUGGGAAGAUCCAACAGCACCAACUCCACCCUCUUUCCAUUUCACAAUCGAUUCUCCUUCCACGAGGACCUGGAUGUAAAGCCCAUGGAAGAAUUCGAGAACGGCACCCGUUACAAAGAGGAAUUGCAGAGCCAGACGGUGAAAGCUCUCCUGAUUGUGGCUUAUUCUGCCAUUAUUUGCAUCUCGCUUUUUGGCAACGUUGUGGUGUGCCAUGUGGUGGUCAAAAACAAGAGGAUGCACUCAGCCACCAGCCUUUUCAUUAUCAACUUUGCUGCAGCCGAUAUCCUGAUCACUCUCCUGAACAUGCCUUUCACCCUGGUGCGAUUUGUCAACAAUACCUGGGUUUUUGGAAAACCGAUGUGCCAUAUAAGUCGCUUUGUCCAGUAUUGCUCCAUCCAUGUGUCCGCGCUGACCUUUGCUGCCAUUGCUCUGGACCGACAUCAGGCUAUAAUGCAUCCCUUCAAGGCCCGAAUGUCCCUGGUGAAAGGAGGGCUGUGCAUCCUGGCCAUUUGGGUGAUGGGCAGUUGCUUCUCUCUGCCCUACGCCAUCUACCAGGACCUUGUGAGGCUGCCUAAUGGAAACAGGAGCAUCCGGAUGGUGUGCCUUUCCAGCUUCCCUCCUCCGACAGAUCUCUACUGGAAGUCCUUGGACUUGACCACUUUUGUGCUUCUGUAUCUCCUGCCCUUGGCAGUGAUCUCCGUCACUUACAUAUCGGUGGCCAGGAAACUCUGGAUGAGGAAUGCCAUUGGCGAUGUGACCAUGGACCAAUAUUAUGCCCAGCAGCGGAAAAAGAAGAUGACCCUGAGGAUGUUGAUGGUGGUUGUGAUGGUGUUUGGGGUCUGCUGGUUCCCCCUGAAUUACUACUUGAUCCUCAUGUCCAGCCAAGCCAUCGGUCGCAACGAUGGCCUGUACUUUGCUUUCCACUGGUUUGCCAUGAGUAGUGCCUGCUACAACCCCUUCAUUUACUGCUGGCUCAAUGAAGGUUUCCGCACAGAACUCAGGGCCUUGCUGGGAAUGUGCUGUAAGAAGCAGGCUUCCAGCAGUCAGUCCCUGCGGUCCCUAUCGGCUGCCUUCAGGGUCACCUGGGAUGGCAAUUAUUGCUGCAAACAAGAGGCCGCCACUCAGCGGACAAAGGAGUCGUCUCACAGGAACUCUGCACAGACAGACCUCUCUAUUGUCGAGCUGAUCACAACAGGCAGCUUGAAUGUGGAAUGAAGCAGCCUCACUCUGGUUUAGUGACAGUUCUGUAGUUGGGUCAUCUACUGUCCAGCACUUUUCAACACCCACAUCUUGUGCUUUCUGACAAGAACUUAUCACAUCAGCAUUACGCGAGUGGACAUCGCUUUAGGUUGCUGCUUUCCAUGAGUGACAGGAAAAAUUGCAGUCCAAAAGCUUGGAUGUCAUUGUUGAUACCUUCAUUGUCUGGAGCCCAACCCAGCAUUUGAUGAAGUGUUUCUCGAGCCUGGCUGCUUUACGAUACGUGGACUUCAACUCUCAGAAUUUCUCCAGCCAGCAUGGAGAAGUCCACGUAUCUUAAAGUGGCCAAAGUUGAGAGACGCUGGUUUUAACAAGUCAUUAUUUUGAAAGAAAAUAAUUUGCAGACCAAAACAGUGUAGAUAAACAUUGGGCAGAAGAUGAGGCAGGCUUUCUCUAUGCUUUGCCUAAAAGAAAGCUACAGAUUUGAACACCCAUUUGAGACUGAAAUUAAUCAGACUGGGGAGCUUCAGAGGCUUCAGCAGCGACAGAAUUUGCUCUCAGGUGAGAAGGUCUGGAAAUUCACUUAAGUAUUGUUAGGAAACACUCGGUGGCAGGAGCAGGAGGCAAAAGUAGCAGCACCCCACAAUUCCUGGGGCAAGGCUGGGAUUUUUCACCCGCUUGGGGGGGGGUAUGUUUUGAGCAAUGAUUUCAGUCUCAAAAUGAUAGCAAUUAUGAUGUGAUACUUAAAUUUGUGGGUGCUUUUGGAAAAGCAGCCACAGGAAAGGGAUCUUGUGGAAUCAAACGCAGGACGCCACAACCAAUAACCAUGGCUCUCUGCAGAUUUUGUUUACCCAGUGGGCCCUGGAGGAAUUCCUUGGGGAAAACCACGGGCAGGACUGCCGCAGACAAAAGGACACACUCACAUUUAUACACUGCAGGAAAGGAGGAGAAAAUGAUGCAGUCAUACGUAUGCAUAGGCACUGGGUAACGUAAGCAUCAAUAUUCAUAAUUCGCUUUAACAAACCUCACGUUACUUCUCCAUCCUCAAGAAAGAGUUAUUGUCUUAAUAAAAAGAAACAUAGCUAUUAAGUUGCCAUAGCAAUUUUGAUAAAGUGUACUGAGAACCAAGCCCUUCAAGGUUGCCUCAAGCAGCCUACAUUUCUUCUGUGUUUUUCUCUUGCUAACAUGUUCUGACUCCUCCCAAACCCUCUUUUUGUUCUGGGUCGGGUGUGGGGGGAGGGGGGUUAGUCAAAAAUUCAAGAUGAGUAUUUCUGGAUCAGAAUGUAUCCACCUCUUCAGACAAGAUGGAUGGCUUUGAAAAGC